UGUUAGAUUUCUACCAAAAAGGAUGAGUUGUUUGGGAGGUACUCUGGUUUUCUUGCUGUGCGUUUUUUGUUCAUGCAAUGCUUUGCUAGGAGAGCAUACCAACACUAUUUCUGGCCAAUUUUCGGAACAACUCGGAACCCACAAUAGUGAUGUGGGAUUCGGAUACUCUCCAGAAACUUCCUUUAAUGGAUUUUCAUUAGGUGUUGGAUCUCUUACUGGUUUUUUAUCUCCAGGGAUAAACCACAACUCGUAUGCUGUUGCCCAGCCUGGGUCCUUCUACGAUAGCUUCUUUCCUUACUCUCAAGGAAUUUCUACUCAAGUGGCCAGAAUGCCACUCGCUGAUACAAACAAUUUCGGUGGUGGAUCUUUUAGCACUAGUUUUGGUGGAACAGAAAUCCGUGAACUGACUCAGACAGGCAGUUUUGGAAACAAUCCGAUUGCCCCUUCUGGUUUUUUAAACUCAUUCCAUGAAACUAGCCACAUGGCACCACCUUUGGGAGUUACCUUUAACAAUCGUUUUACUGGAAAUUCCCUUAGUUCCGGUAUCCUCGGAUCUUCUUUCGCACAUGAAAACCGUGUCAACAGUCACAAUUUCGGACUUGGAGAAACCUUUGUUUCAGACAGACAAUUUACUGACAAUUUUCCUGGUUCUACCGUAAACAGUAGAAUUGGGACAGGCAAUUUGAGAGCCGCAAUUGAUGAUAUAACAUCUGCUCUCUUGCACGGGUUUGGUUCAACAGGGGGCAGCAGUACCCCGGCCAUCAACAAUGGCGUAGACGUUCUGCCACCUCUUGUAUCACCAAACCCUGGGUUAUUCGGAGGACCAACGUUAAUGCCAGAGAGUCAAAACACAGGUUUUUCCGGUUAAAAUGUUUUGAUUGGUCGCCGUCCACAAGCCGAGGAAGGAUACCAUUCUGACUUACAUCUAAAGUUUAACAAAAUCAACUUAAUCCAAACUAACAUACUCAACAAUGAAUAUGCUAUUAAUCAUAACCAUAAAAUUUGACGCACUCUUGACAUUUAAAAAUCAUGAAGCAAAACUAUAAAAAUUCACUUUUAUAGACAGUGAAUUGGAAAAAAAUUAUUUAUCAAGAAACAAAUAUACUCGUAACGAGCUGUUUUUAUUC